AUGGCCACAGCUUCUGCGGAAGCCGGCAAAGGUCAGGCCUGCUGGAGUGUGUUCCCUGCCGAAUGGAUCGAGCGAUUGCGUUCGAAGUAUCCCCAGCCAUUGGUUGCAUUAGAGCUGCUUGAGAGUCCAGAGGGCUUCGAGGAUGUGCUUGGAGUCAUUUCUGGAAAUGAUAUUUUGCAGACAGCACUGCUGCGGGGGCGGCUGCAAGCACUUCGUAAUCAGUUGGCUGUCAAGAGGAAAAUUGCACAAUCACAGGUGAAUGCGGGGUUCAAGAAGCCUCGUCUGCCUGUACACCAAUCUGACUCUUCGAGAGCGCAGGAAACUUUUGCAGUUGCCGCGAAUGCCCUGGUACCUUUUAUCCGGAAGCGUGGAAAGUCAGGUUUGGGCAGGUCUCUGCUUGCUGUGGAAGAUGAUCCUGACAUUCUUGAGUCCAGGGAGCGCGAGCGAUGGGUGGAAGUUCUCAGUACAUACAUCCUUGAUGCUCAGCUGCCUGUAGUCGCCUUGAUUGAAGGUUCAGAGGAUCGUCGGCAAGCCUGGCGCAGGGUGUUCGGAGCCCGGAGAGCCAAGACCUUGAGGAAUCGUGCAAGAUCCUUUAAGCAUUACCGCAUGUGGUUGGAGACGGUCAGAGGUUUGGCCUGGCCCUCACGCGUUUCAGAUGUUACUGAUUUUCUGGAGGAACGUUCGAAGGAUGGCUGUGGGUUCAGUGUGCCUGGGGAGCUCCUGGCUGCUUUAUCUGUACUGGAGUCCGUGGGCAGAGUCCAUAUGAGGGAUAUGCAGCAGGAAAAGGAAGAAAAUACAUGCGCUCCCAGUAAACUUCCGGCAGCCUGA